UCUUUGAACGACCGUUUCUAUAUCUUAGCAAAGAUCUUUUGUUCAAUUCUAUUCACAUAUCUUUCUUUAUGCAAGCGAUGGCUUGUUUGCUUAUACCUCCCCAGAUGCUAAAAUACGAAGUUUUUUUUUCCUUUUUCUUUUGGUCACUGAGGGGGGAGGGACGGGAGUUAUUUUCCCCCACUUAUGCGCUGUGCUGAGAUGAGUUGAACGGAAGAACGAAUCCUCUUAGAAAGGCGCUGAUGUCGCAAACUAAAUAAUUGGCAAUGACCCAAAACUUGAAGGUUCACAGUUAGGGCCUGUUACAAACCAUGGCAUCCGCUCAUGCAGAAAGUGAGGAUGAACCAAACAAUCAAAUGCCUGAGGCAAUCCAAGAUGAGAGAUGUAGGCCUCUUGAAGACACAAAAGAUGGCCUAACAGAAGAUAGUGGCUUUAGCGAGAGUCGAGAAAGAGUAUCUCGUGUUGUUGUUGCUCAAAAUGAUGAUGAUGAUAAUGAUGAAGAUUCUAAGGAUAUUGAUGAAUGGCUGGAUCAACAUGGUCAUCAUGCAGACCUCUUAGAUUCCAGUCCAGUAGUUGGGUCUGAGAGUGAAAGCUAUGGGCUUCCACAAAUUGACUCAUUAUCAAAACAGAACAAGGAUGAAGCUAGUCUGAAUAUAGGACUUUUGGAGGAGAUAUGUGAAGAAGCAGCAAACAUGACGAUCAAGGAGGCCUUAAUAUUCUCUCUUAAGCCUAAUGUUAGAGCUGGAAUAUCGCUUGGGAAUUUUGAACUUAGUGAGACAGAAAUUCUUGAGCUUGAACUCUACUGUGAGAGUUUUAUUGGAGGGCUGAUAAAGGAUGUAUUGAAAAAGAACACUCUUUUGGAAGGUGGAAAGUCAACAGAUGAUGUCGACAUUGUUGGAGAAAUGAAAAAGCAACUGACGGGUGUUAGUCUGUUAGAGUUGAAACUAAACUGUGAUCUUUUUGUGCGUAAUAUCAUUGCCGAAUCUAUUAUAGACUCUAGCAUUAUCACUGCCAAGGCAAGACAAGAUACGGAAAAAGAAAUAAAGGAUCCUUCAUCACUAGGUGUUGUUUUAGAUAGCAUACAUAACUCAGAAGAGUUACAGGGGUAUUUUAGUAAGGUGACAUCUGAAAUUGUAAAAAGAGCUCUUGAAAAAAUUGCACAUAUAAUUGAAGAAGAUACUGUUGAACCAAGGUUAUUUUCUAUUUCCACAAGCAUGAACUAUGAGCAAGAUGACACAGCUAAUAAAGGCAAGUGUGUCGAGUUAGAUGAGGGGGUGAACUAUGAACAAGAUGACACAGCUAAUAAAGGCAAGUACGUCGAGUUAGAUGAGGGGGAAAGAGGCUGCUCACUUGAAGUUCCUGAGUCAGAGGGUGGCACCAUAACACCAUCAUGUAGUGACGCGGGUGACAUGUCCAUGGAGUUUGAUAUGGAUUGGGUUAAAGGUGUUCUGCACAACAUCAAGACGAAAGAUGAAGGUCCCAAGGACAAGUUUGUGAUGAAGGAACUGGAGUUUGAUGAGAAUGUGAAUGUUGGUGGGACUGAGCUCCUUGCCCCAGUGUUCCUUGCCAUUGCUGAGGAGAAUGACGAUGAUACUGAGUUCCAGGGAAUGAGAAGAAAGGCCCAGUCUAUUGAGGAUUUGUUAGGGAAGAUUGAGGAGAGAGAUCCACUUCAAAGAAGAUGUCAGAGCUUGAGUUAUUUAAAUCAUACCCCUGUCACCAAGCGACUCGCCCGCUCUUUGGAAAAUAACCUCGAGCAGCUGGACUUAGCAGACUUCCUUGAAACAGAGAGCAUCAGAGAUGAUUCAUUGACGUCAGAAGAUGAGAAUUACUCAGAAAACGGAGAUCUUUUCGACAGAGGGCGUGAAUAUGACAAUGAUGUCGAAGUAAGUGAAUACGAUGGUGAUCAUCUUGAAUACUACGAAGGUGACCCGACUCCAGAAUUUGAAGCAGAGCCAGAUGACUAUGAUUACGAGGCCUAUCCAGAUCUGGACGAGGAUGAAUACAGCCACAGGAAAGACCCAGAUGGCGACUACUACGAGGAGCAAGUAAACGACUACCAAGAGGCUGAACCAGGACACUCUUCAGAUGAACACGAGGAGUACACUGAAGAUAAGGAGGAGCACAACCCCCAGGGAUUAGUACAGAGAGAUGAGCAUUACCGAUGGCACACUGUCAGGGUGAACAAGAGAGAAAAAGUGCUUGACCUAAAGCUCUUGGAGCCUUACAUGAAGGUCAUUACUCAUGGAGGUUUUCACUGCCCUGAGCGUGCCGUUAUUGUUGUGAUAGCUGCUUGCUAUCUCCCGAGUAAAGCAGAGAAGAAUUACGACUUUCUCAUGGAGCAGGUGUUCUUCUAUCUGAUAAGUACACUUGAGCUCCUUGCCACAACCGAAGAGUUCUACAUUGUGUAUUUUAACGGGGGUACGACACAAUCAAACAUGCCCGCUCUCACAUGGAUGAAGAGGUUUUACCAGCAUGUAGAGGGAGGACUGAAGAAGAACAUGAUCAACAUGUUUAUCGUUCACCCAAAUCUCUGGCUGAAGACGGUGGUCAGAUUCGCCAAAGCUUUUGUCAGUACGAAUUUCUGGUGCAAGCUGCAGUUCGUGAAAUCCCUGAGAGAUCUGUCUGAGCUGAUCCCCAUUGAGUACAUCUACAUCCCUGAUGAGGUGAUCAGGUACGCGCGGUAUAUAUCAGAGUCGACCCGAGAUAUCGAAGAGUGCAUAACCUCUGAUGAGGGAGCCAUGGGAUACCACCCUGACAGCAAGACUGAGCAAGCGAUGGAGUUACGAGGAACAUAUAUGGGACAUUAGGAUACGAUCCUAUAGCAAGCCAUAGGAAAUAUUAAAGUUACCAGGGACAUUUGAAGUCCUUAACCAGGCAAAGCAAAUCGUAAAGUAACUUAAAAUCACAUAAUGUAUACUGUAUAAGGUCAAUGUUAACGAUGAGACGGAGCAAUUCAAUGACGUUAUUAAAAUAUUUUAUCCAAACAUUCACCCAGACGCAUUUCAGUUACGCUGUGAUUGUGGACAUUUGGUGCGAUAGUUCUAUGGAAUGGUUGUUGAAGGCGAUAGUUCUAUGGAAUGGUUGUUGAAGGCGAUAGUUCUAUGGAAUGGUUGUUGAAGGCGAUAGUUCUAUGGAAUGGUUGUUGAAGGCGAUAGUUCUAUGGAAUGGUUGUUGAAGGCGAUAGUUCUAUGGAAUGGUUGUUGAAGGCGAUAGUUCUAUGGAAUGGUUGUUGAAGGCGAUAGUUCUAUGGAAUGGUUGUUGAAGGCGAUAGUUCUAUGGAAUGGUUGUUGAAGGCGAUAGUUCUAUGGAAUGGUUGUUAAAAGCGAUGGUUCUAUGGAAUGGUUCUUGCGGGAGUUUGGUGUGAUAUUUCAUGUUACAUAUGUGGUAACACACCGUUUAUAGUAAAUUGAUUAAUAAAAAUAACUAAGUUGAGGUAAGAAAAGCAGUUAAUAAGUUUACGUUAUCAAAUUAUUUAAGUACGAGUCUGUUGCAUAAAAUGUGUUUUUUCGCAACAAAUUCAGAAUAAGGGAAAUAUAGCUAUUUAAUUUUGUGCGGUUUAUUUAAGGGUUUUAAAGUCCUUGAUUUAUCCUAUUAAUAUUUAAUUUUUGGUGAUGAUGUUAACCUCUAGAUGGGAUUAAACAGCAUAGACUUAUUCAAUGGCGUUUAAGGUCGCUCGCGCCUUAAUAAACAUAUCAUAAACAGAGGGCGUUAUUAAUUUUAAACUUCGCACAGAACAGUCAAUGUUUAUGCGAUUGCUCUAGAUUUUUUACCAAAGAUGACGCAGUGUAUGGAGAGUGCACCAUUUAAGAAUUGUAUUUGUAUUAACACGCAAUAAUGUAGUAGCACAUAAAAAGUAAACAACAUUACAUAUUUGAGACUGACGCAAAAUUGAGCGUUAGCUUUUUGAUGACACUACCAGAAUCAGUUCAGUAUGUGGUUAUACAGCCUCUGUGAAAGUUAGAAAAAAAUCUGUUUAAAUUGAUAACGCCCUCUGGUUGUGAUCCGUUGAUUAACGCGCGAGCGAACUUAACUAUACUGUAAAUUCCGAUGAAACAUCGUAAUUGUACUUUGUUAAGGCAUUUAACUCCAAUUCAUGCGCAAGUUUUGAAGAAUUUUUCCGUAAACGUUUAUGAAGUUUGAAUCCUGUCUUAUGAUGUACCAUGAAAAGAGAUCACUAUAAUAUAAAUAUUGCCGUAGUUGGAUAUAAGUGAAAUGUAAAAAUAAUUUGAGGUCAACGUUUUGGAAAAUAAAUAAAAGUAAUCGUGUA